AUGGGUGAUGAUGAUCCCAAAAAUCAUUCAAUGGUAAUCAUCAAUUCGGCAAUAUCAAUCGCUAUCGCUAUUGCUGGUGGAAUAUUUGCAUGGAGUUCAACAACAAUUACAGAUAUUUUAAGCAGUACAUUAGUGUCAUAUAUUAAAACAACAUUUUCGAGUAAAAUGUCCGUGGAUACUACUACAUUAGUGAAUAAUAUUAUUAGCAUUGUUAGUAAGUUAAAGCUUCACCAGUUACUUAUUAUUAAUGAAUUGUAUAUUUGUGAAUAG